AUGAACACUUUACUUCGUGCGACAUCCUCUGCUGCUAGAGCAGCCUUGAGAACCUCUCAACAAUCCUCGGCCUUUGCAAUGGCCUCUGGCUCCAGCCGUUUUGUUUCAAACAACAACAAGCCUGUUGGUGGUGCUUCUUCUUAUAAGGUGCCAGACUUUACUCCAUACAUGAAGGAAAACCGUAACGAAGAUUCCAACAGAGCUUUCAGUUACUUCAUGGUCGGUACCAUGGGUGUUAUUAGUGCUGCUGCUGCUCGUGCUACUGUUCAAGAUUUCUUGACCACCAUGUCAGCUUCUGCUGAUGUUUUGGCUUUGGCUAAGGUUGAGGUCGCUCUUGGAAACAUUCCUGAGGGCAAGAACAUUAUUGUUAAGUGGAGAGGUAAGCCCGUAUUUAUUCGUCACCGUACCCCUGCUGAAAUUCACGAAGCCAAUGAGGUUAAUGUUGCUUCUUUGCGUGAUCCUCAAACCGAUGACCAACGUGUCAAGAUGCCUGAAUGGCUCGUUAUGGUUGGUAUCUGUACACACUUGGGUUGUGUGCCAAUUGGUGAAUCUGGUGACUAUGGUGGAUGGUUCUGCCCAUGUCACGGUUCUCACUAUGAUAUCUCUGGUCGUAUCCGUAAGGGACCUGCUCCUUUGAACUUAGAAAUUCCUGAGUAUGAGUUUAUUGAUAACAACGAGAAGGUUGUUAUUGGUUAA